GACGUAGCCGCCUGCAUGAACAACGAGGGAGGGACUUCCAAAGAGAAUACAAUUUGGAUUCAACAAUUAUGGCGUCGACGAAGUCCGCAAAACGGGUUUUGCAGCAUAAAAGACAUAACAAGGACCGCGUCGAACUUCAUCCGUCGCUGCAAAACCCACAAAGACAGGUAUGCUAAUUUCACAGUUUAGCUAGCUGGUCCAACAUGAACGUUCGUAGACCGGUUUGGGACGAUUCAAAAUAACGACUUGCUUAAACCAGGUAAUGACUCGACUCGACCAUUUUUACCCGUCCAGUUCUGCCGGUUGGUCACGCUUUAUGGCGGAUCUGGAUCGAUUUGAGCUUUUUAACAAUAAAAACCAAAAUGGAGUCCCAACUGCUGAAUCGGACACCAUGUGUUUCCACUGCACACUUUAAGUGGCAUGGAACAGCACAGCACUCCCGAUUUGGAAGGCCGCGGGCAGACGUGCCAGCGGCGUACAUAUGAAGUGUGCGUUUCUCCACACACCCGACAAAAACAGGAAAUUGAUAAGCAACCACGUAGAGUGAACAGAAAAAGGGAAGGAGAGCACAAAGACGCGCAAUAUAUUCAUGGUUUGUUGCAAUGCCAGGGAACCUCCAGUGAUGAGCGCGACGUGACCUUCCUGCUGCAGCUCUACUAUGACAAGAUGCUUUAUCUCCAAUACAACAGCACCUCGGGAAGGUUUAGCGCCGACACAGAGAUAGGAAAGCAAAUUGUGAAAAUUCUCAACCUGGACCAUUAUUUGAACAAUGUCCAAAAAAAGAUGGAAGACUGCAAGAAGUGGAUGAAACAAACAUACGACAUCUUUGACCGGAAAGUCGAGCCGAAAGUCCGACUGCGGUUGGCCGAGGGCACGUCGGACGGCCGGCAUCCGGCCGCCCUCGUCUGCAGCGUGUACGACUUCUACCCGAAGGACAUCUCGGUGACGUGGCUGAGAAACGGCGUGAAGGUGACGUCUAACGUGACGUCCACUAAGUCGCUACCCAACGGCAACUGGCUCUACCAGAGGCACUCGCACUUGCAGCACACGCCGACGCCCGGGCACACCGUCAGCUGCAUGGUGGAGCACGGCAGCCUCCAGGAGCCCAGGAUUUACGACUGGGAGCCAAUGCCCGAGUCUGUGAGGAACAAGAUCAUAUUGGGAGCAAUGGGGCUGAUCGUUGGUCUCCUUUCUUUUUCUGCUGGGCUGAUUUACUACAGAAGGAAUGUGCCUGCAUGUGAGAGAGUCUCAACAAGUGGUGACAGCACGGGCGUGAGGUCAGGGGAGGCCGAGCCUCAACUGCACCAUGAAGAGUGAGGGGGGGAAAAAAAAAAGAAUAAUAACAAUGAAUACAAUUUGUUUCAAUUUGCUGCUUUGUGCUUGAUUAUGAUUUUCUAUUUGAAUCCAAUAACUUGCUGGAUUUGCGCGUUUCCUCGUUCGGGAUUGCCGACGUGAUCCCACCGUGUCGAGUUCUCAUUGGAUGUCUUCCUGAUUGGCUGAGGCUGAGGAUGAUUUGAACAGACUGCACUGUAUUGUCCUGAAUCGUGUUUGUUUUCUCUGUUAAUAUCAGCUAUCUUCUUCAUUUUCCAAUCUCGUUAGAUCUGCUAAGAUCUAAUUGAAUAGAACUCAAAUGCUGAGGCUUUAAUAUUUUGGGUUUUUUUCCCAACAAAGAACCAUAUUAAAUUGCAUUCUAAUAGUAUUUUAUUCAAAUACAAUUGAAAACAGAUGUUUGCACACACAAUAUAAAAAGACAUUUUUUUUAAUUCACUGUCUCACAUGAAAUCAGACCAAAAAUUUCAGGUUUCAGCUCAAUUUAGAUGAUCGAAAUUAUUUGCAUUUGCUAAAUGCCAGUAUAAUAAUGCGAGGAUUGUUUUUUGUUGUUGUUGUUUUUUUUUGGCAAUUUUUCAUUACAUUCUUCAAAGUCAGAAGUUUACAUACAAUGAGAUUACUAUGUCUUUAAACAAUGUGGGAAAACCAAGAUGAUGACAUCAUUUCUUUAAGCAGCUUCCGAUAGGUUCAUUGACAACGUCUGUGGAUGUAUUUGUACUAGACACAUCUGAAACAUACUGCUUCUUUGCGUAACAUCAUGGCAAAGUCCAAGGAAAUCAGCCAAAACAUCAGGAGGAGAAUUGUGCACUUGCACAAUUCGAGUUCAUCCUUGGGUGCAAUAUCCAGAUGUCUGACAUUCAGGCCAGGAAAGCGAUGAAAAAAGGAUUUCACCGCUGGAAGGCAGUCCAAACGUGACUUCAUGAUUGCGUGAUUGUGGAUGACGGACGGGCGGGCUUCUAGGACGUGACGAGGAUGCAGGCUGCACUUGUGGCGUUCGCCGCCUGCUGCGUGAGGGCGUUUUGUGCAGGUGAGCGAAUGAAGAUUCACUUGUCACAGGGCGCACAAGAAUAUGGCAGCACAAAGAAAUCUUUUUGUUGUUGUCACCAUGACGACCAUGAUGAAAGUACAAAAAUGUACAACGACAACCCUGCCCUUGAAUGUGGCCCACUAAGUGUUAACAUUAUGAAAAGUCCUGGAAUUUAAUUGAUUGUGUUGGAAGGAACCCUGGAAUGAAAAAAGUCCCGCCCCCACUGACGCUGGAACCGCAAACACAGGGACGUGAGAAGAUCCACACACAAUGCAUGUGUCCUUUCACCAUGCAACCCGAUCGAAAAGGUGGGAAAAGAAAAAGAAAAUAGAAAAAGAACUAUAAUAAUAAUAAAACAACAAUAACAACAAA